GACCGGGGAAGUCGGGCGGCCCUUGGCCUGGCCCCGGUCCCCGCCGGUCCCGGCUGCUCCCCGCGCGUGCGAGCGGCAGGUGAGGGGCGCGCGCCGGCCCCUCCGCAGCGCCCAGGACGCCGCCUCGGACAGGAGUCACUGCAGUUGUCUUUAGUACAGACACACUCUUUUCGGGAGUGACUUCUUGGUUCCUUCAUGCGGCCAUGGAUCUGGACAAACCGUCUGUCUGGGGCUCAUUAAAACAGCGGACCAGGCCUUUGCUAAUCAACUUGAGCAAGAAGAAGGUGAAAAAGAACGCAAACAAACCCCUCGACGUAAGGGCAAGGCAUGACCUGGAUCGCCGCCUCAGCAUCUCCGUCCCUGACCUCUUGGAGGCUGAGGCCUUGGCCCCGGAGGGUCGGCCGUACUCCGGGCCCCAGUCGUCCUAUACCUCAGUGCCCAGCAGCCUGUCAACUGCAGGCAUCUGUCCCAAGACUAGCGGUGGCUCCUUGAAACAGUCUGAAGAGGAAUUGGAUUGGAGCCAGGAAGAAGCAGGCCACCUCCACGUGGUGGAAACGGAUUCCGAGGAGACCUACGCCUCUCCCGCCGAGGACAGGAGCGCUUCCAGCAAUGGCAUCUUUGAUCUGCUCCAGAAAACUCCCCUCGGGGAGGAUGCCCUGGAAGAGCCAGAGAAUCUAUGUGGCAGUGGGGAUCUAAGUGCUUCUCUGACAUCCCAACAAUUUGAAGAACAAUCUACUCUCGGGGAAGCUGGAGAUGGCUUGAGUAAUCUGCCCAGCCCUUUCGCCUACCUCCUCACCAUACACCUGAAGGAGGGCCGGAACCUGGUCAUCCGAGAUCGCUGUGGCACAAGCGAUCCCUAUGUGAAAUUUAAGCUGAAUGGGAAGACACUGUACAAAAGUAAAGUCAUAUAUAAGAACUUGAACCCGGUUUGGGAUGAAAUAGUUGUAUUACCAAUACAGAGCCUUGACCAAAAGCUACGUGUGAAGGUAUAUGAUCGAGACUUAACUACGUCUGAUUUCAUGGGUUCUGCAUUUGUCCUUCUCAGUGAUCUUGAGCUUAACAGAACGACUGAACAUAUUUUAAAACUGGAAGAUCCAAACAGUUUAGAAGAUGACAUGGGAGUGAUCGUGUUAAAUCUGAACCUAGUAGUAAAACAGGGUGAUUUCAAGAGACAUCGUUGGUCAAAUCGGAAGCGGUUGAGUGCGAGCAAGUCCUCUCUGAUACGCAACCUACGGCUCUCAGAGUCCUUGAAAAAGAACCAACUCUGGAACGGGAUUAUAAGUAUAACUUUGCUGGAAGGGAGGAAUGUGUCAGGAGGAAGCAUGACAGAGAUGUUUGUCCAGUUAAAACUGGGAGAUCAGAGGUACAAAAGUAAGACACUGUGUAAGAAUGCAAAUCCGCAGUGGCGGGAACAGUUUGACUUUCACUACUUCUCUGACAGGAUGGGCAUUUUGGACAUCGAAGUGUGGGGAAAGGACAGCAAAAAGCACGAGGAGCGUCUCGGCACGUGUAAAGUGGAUAUCGCGGCACUCCCGCUCAAGCAAGCCAACUGCUUGGAGCUGCCACUGGAUAGCUGCCUGGGGGCUCUGCUGAUGUUGAUCACACUUACUCCCUGCACGGGGGUCUCUGUCUCCGAUCUGUGUGUGUGCCCCUUGGCAGACCCCAGCGAAAGAAAGCAGAUUGACCAGCGCUAUUGCUUACAGAACUCCCUGAAAGAUAUGAAGGACAUCGGCAUUUUACAAGUGAAAGUUUUGAAGGCAGUCGAUCUCUUAGCAGCCGACUUCUCAGGAAAGAGUGAUCCUUUUUGCUUGUUGGAGUUAGGCAAUGACCGACUUCAGACACAUACCAUUUACAAAAACCUCAACCCUGAGUGGAACAAAGUUUUUACAUUUCCUAUUAAAGACAUCCAUGAUGUUUUGGAAGUGACAGUGUUUGAUGAAGAUGGAGAUAAACCCCCUGAUUUUCUUGGAAAAGUUGCCAUUCCCUUGCUGUCUAUUCGAGAUGGACAACCAAAUUGUUAUGUGCUAAAGAAUAAAGAUUUAGAACAAGCUUUUAAAGGAGUUAUUUACUUGGAGAUGGACCUCAUAUAUAAUCCGAUCAAAGCAAGUAUUAGGACCUUUACUCCUAGAGAGAAACGCUUUGCUGAAGAUGGCCGCAAGCUAUCCAAAAAGAUCUUAUCAAGAGAUGCAGACCGUGUGAAAAGAAUUACCAUGGCAAUAUGGAAUACAAUACAGUUCCUUAAAAGCUGCUUCCAGUGGGAAUCCACAUUGAGAAGUGCAAUAGCAUUCGUGGUGUUUUUGGUCACUGUCUGGAAUUUCGAGCUGUAUAUGAUCCCCCUGGCGUUAUUGCUGCUGUUUAUCUACAAUUUCCUCAGACCCAUGAAAGGGAAGGUUGGCAGCGUCCAGGACAGCCAGGAGAGCACAGACAUAGAUGAAGAGGAGGAUGACGAUGACAAGGAAUCCGAGAAAAAGGGGUUAAUUGAAAGAAUCUAUAUGGUGCAGGAUAUUGUUUCAACUGUUCAAAACAUCUUGGAAGAAAUAGCUUCUUUUGGAGAAAGAAUUAAAAACACAUUCAACUGGACGGUCCCGUUCCUUUCCUUCCUAGCCUGUUUGAUACUGGCAGUGGCCACCAUCAUUUUGUAUUUCAUUCCACUUCGGUACAUCGUUUUAAUCUGGGGCAUAAAUAAAUUUACUAAGAAGCUUCGAAAUCCCUAUGCCAUCGACAACAAUGAGCUACUAGACUUCCUCUCCAGGGUGCCGUCUGAUGUUCAAAAGGUGCAGUACGCGGAAUUGAAACUCUGCAGCAGUCAGAGCCCCCUUCGGAAGAAGCGCAGCGCGCUCUAGGACACACACCGACUUUGGACACCAGCACCGGAUUCUGUUUGGUUGAUUAGACCAAUACCAUCGCUCUUUCAGUGGUACCCGUGGUGUCAUUCUGAAAUGCAUCUGUGUGGACCCUUCGCUGUAUUCUCUCCCCUUCUUCACGCGCACAGAUGCACACACGCGCGUGCGCACAUCCGCAUGCAUGGGCGUCCUAGUCGCAUAGCGGUUCAGCCCAGCAAAAGCAAACAAUCCAGAGACUAGGAAAGACUUAACAUCCCUUCUCAAAUAGGAGAUAAAGCAAGGCUGCUAUGGGUCUGAACACCCUCCCUGAGAACAACUCUAGACCGUUCGGAUUCAAGAGUGACUUUGAACUUGUUUUCACACCUCCGACGGAUUCUCAUUAAGAUUCAGUUAUUUCCAUUCCCCAUCCCCACACUCCUUUCAGAUUAUUGUUCAUGAGUCACUUUUUUCUCUGAGUUAACAAGUCUUUGAUAGCCAUCAUCUAGCAAAUAAUGUAUAUUAUAAAUAGAGUUUUUAAUACUUACCAGGUUCAGCCCAAAUCUUUGGGAAUCUUUCGGCUGUGAUUGCUGAAGACCUAUAUGUAAAAUUUCAGUAAACCCCUAGGUGCUGGAUGCCAGCCUACAUCACGGGCCACCGUGGGCAAUGGAUGCCCCAGGAAGGUCCAAAGGGAUCGCUCCUCCGAAGUGUAAAGGUUUAACGAAAGUAUUUAGUUGCCUUAAAACGCCAUUUCUUCUGACUUUACUUUUUGCUUAUUUCCAAAAUAAACUGUCAACAUUACAGCUUCAGAAAGGCGGAGAGGGGAUGGAUGAAUGACCUCUGAGAGUAUUUAGAAAGAUAAAGACUGAGGAGCAAGGGAUUAAUAAAUGUGGCUGCUUACCUGAUUGUCAUAAUCAGCUCAUUUGCCCGCCUUUUUGAGCAGAAAGUAAAAAUAGUUUAGCAGUCAAAAUUGAUCUUUGGUUCCUCUCAUGGGCAAAAUAAGCUACACAUAAUACAAAUAUAUCUCGGAAACCUUUUUCUAGAAAAGUACCACCUUGAAGUCUUCCUUUGAGUGUAUCUGAUUCCUGCAGACCCCACCAUUUCAGUAACCCCCCCCAGAAUAAAAAUUCCAAUUCUGUGCAUAUUUAAAAUGUAUGCAAGUAUCUUUCUGUUCAAAUGAUAUUUAAGUUGUAAAGACUAUAUUUUGUGGACACAUACUUUGUAUGUGCAGUUUUAUAUAUAUAAUAUAUAUGUGUAUUGUAAAGAAAAGUUGAGGUAAAAAGACCUGAUUUAAUAGUGAGUUUUACUAUGGUUUUUUUUUCUCUCUCUGCGUUGUAAUUUAAUAAUCUUCAAACAAAAUGUUUAUGAAAAAUGCCAAAGAUUCUAAACCUUAUCAUCCCGUGUCUGUUUUUCUUCAUAUUAUAUCUUCCUGGCUGAGCCAGAUUUCUGCAUGAUUUGAUUUACUUCAAGUUAAUGAAGCUGGCUGGAAAAGAGCCUGGCAGAAAUUAUAAAAGCUCCAGUAAAUCUCUUAGUUGUACAUACAAUAGAUACCCAAGAACCUCUUUUGUUAAACCAGUUACUCAAUCUUCUGUGUAAACAAUGCCUCAUUGUCUCACUCCCAACUAUCAUCUAGUUUAUCAUAGUCUGUCAUUUUGUAACGACCUAAGUCAGACAUUUUUAAACAGACAUGUGAGAUCUGAUCAGUCAUUUGAAUGAAAACUUUCAGCAGCAAAAUAACCCCUUAUUUAUUUAAAAGUGGAACCAAUACUUUAUUGUUGUUCUUUUGCUAUAGAAUUUCAAAAUGAAAUAAUUUGCCCGACAAGAAGGCAUCGUUAGUUAGACUUACUUCUUUUGUAGCCUGACUGAAAUUCUCAGUGUAGAGUUUAGGACACAAACAGCUGCUGGGAUGCAGGAGCAAGACCGAAUCAACCUUCAAUAAACUCUUUAUGGAAAACAAUUGUUAAUUGAUUAAGUAGAUGUUGGAUGCUAAAAAUGAAUGAUAGUUGUAAGUGAAAUGUGAAGAUUUAUACAAGUAAUCAGAAACUUGUUUGAAGAUUCCUGAAUGCUUCAGAUAAGAUGUAUGGAUUAUGGAUUCACAGUGUGAUAAUUAAAGAUAAUUUAAUAGGAAUGUUGAAGUUUUGCCGAGCUCUCCUUAUUCUCUUCUCAAAUUUCACAUGUCCAUUUCCAGCCCUGCCUGGAUAUCUCACAGGCAUCUAUACUUCAGGGGGUCAGAAACUCAGCGUUCUCUCUCCCUCCAUGUGUUCAGGACCCCAGCACCAUGGUCUCCUUCUAGCUUCCUUAUUUCCUUUAUUGGCAUUGGCAUCUCCUGGGGUGGGAGGCCCUGGGCAUCCCCUUUUUUGUUCCUCAUGCUUUUUUCCCCAUCUCCCAACCCAUAAAAUCUGGUAGCUCCAGCUGACGUGUUGUCUUGUCCGUUUCUAUCUUGUCCAUUUCUGAUCGCCACCACCCAAGUUGAGGCCUCUGUAACUUAUGAGAAGUCACAGCAAUGGUGCCCAUUACAUUACGCCAGGUUAAUCCCAUUUGUACUGUUCUUUUCACUUGGAAUACUUUCUCCCCAGUUUCUGUCUAAAUAAAUUCUGCCCUUAAAAUUCUCAAAAGUCUCCUGCCCCAAAUAGGCUUUCUUAGUUCCUUGGCUGGAUGAAAUCCUACCCUUCUCUUUCUCACCCCUGCAUCUUAUAUAUCCUUCUGGCAUCUGCCGUAGCUCAUAGUUACCAGAGGCCUUGACACCCAGUGUACUCUACGGGGUAACACAUCCUAUCUGGCACCUAAUAGACACUGUAAAUACGUGUCUCACUAACUGGGCCAUAGAUGACUUUUCUUUCUCUGGCCUUUGGUGUGUGACUCUCCGAGCAGAGGGCUGAGCUGGAUAGAUUAGUGUGGUCUAUCCUAAGAACUAAUUUCUUGCAUUAAAUGCUAGCUUAUAUUGUGUGAUAUUAUUUAUAAACUCUGGCCUUCUUGAUUAUAAACUUUAAAAUUAAAUAAUGUCUUAUACUUGGAGAAGUUCUUACCCCCAUGUCAAAGUAAAAUAUAAUAUUUAUCUGUGGGCUCUAAAACAAUUUUUGAUUCUUUUUCUCGUCAUUUAUCAUUUGACAAACAUAUAUUGAACACUGAUGAUCUACCUGAACAAAACAGACUACGUUCCCUGAUAGAGCCAGACAUUAAACAGAUCCUUUUGAGCAGUGGCUUGACAUUCUCAGAUUCAAGUUUUGAAAAGAGCAUUCUGGCUGCAGUGGGUAGACUAGCAAUUACGAAUGUUCAGAGCAGAGCCAAUUGUAGUUCUGACCAAUUGAUGGUAGCCUGGACUUUCAAAUAGUGGCACUGGAAAAAGAAAAAAAUAUAAUGAAAUUGGAAGAUGGUUAGGAGAUCAAGUGAGCAGGACUUAGCAGGUGCGUGACUGUAGGAUGAAGGAGAGAGUAGAGUCAAGGGAUGGCUCUCAGUCUUUCAUCUCCAGGUCUAGGAAGAUGGUGUCAACUUUUGCUGAGGGAGAGAAUUAUAGGAUCAGCUGUGGGAAGAACUGCAUGAGCCCAGUUUUAGCUGGUGUUGAAUUUGAGGUGCCUGAGGAGUCUCUAAAUGGAGAUGUCAGAGAGGUAAGUGAAUGCGUGGAUGUGGAACACAGAGAAGAAAUACACCUUACUUGAGAGAGACAUUUAAGGGCCAACAUUCAUAGAAAAUGAUUGCAGCUGCAUGCUUCAAGAGAUUGAACUCAACAAAGUCAUAUAUAUAAAGAUGAGUCUGCUAAUAGUAUAAAUAGAAUUAGGAGAAAGUAGUAAGCAUGAACUGUCAUAGAGUUUAAUGAUAAAUGUGUUUCAAUGAUAAUGUGUUUCAAGAAAGCAGGUGUGGUCAGUAGUGCUAAUUGCUGCUGAGAUCACAUAAGUUGAGGAGAGAAUAAUGACCUUUACUUAAUGACAUGGCAAUUUGGGGGGACCUUGGCAGCAAGACAUUUCAGUGGAUUGGUAGAAGUGGAAACCAGAUUUGGCUUGAGAAGUGAGUGAAUGUAGGAAAAUGGAGACUGACUGGAGGUAACUCAUGAAAAGUUCCACUGGAAGAGAGGGGAGAGAGAGCGUAGUGACUAGGAAUGGAAGAAGGUGUACAGGACGAGUUCACUAAGGAAAACAUAGAUGUGUCAUGGACUCAGUGUAAACUUAGGAGCUACAAAAAAUUCUUCAUGAGUAUGAGAUUGUUAUCCAUAUUCAUUAUUUAAAACUAUGCUCUGUCAAAACCCCCCUCUCUUUUAUUUAGUAUUAAUCCAACUUUUAUGGCAACAGAAGAGUUGAAAAAUUGAAAUAGAAUAUUCUCUGAAAGUAUGAUGAGUAGUCAAUUGAUAAUUGAAUGAAAAUUGAAGGGUGACUUCUGAAGAAUGGCUUAAAGCUCAUUACCUCUUUAUAUAGGUCUCUUUGGAUAAAGCCUGCAUUCUCUUCUGGCGUUUUAAUGCAAUGAUUUACAUGGGGAAUAUGGAUAGUGAAGCACAUAAGAAUUCUGAACAUUUUGUACGACUUAUCAAAUGCCAGGUACUUUCUAAGUGCUUUAGAUAUAAUAGCUCAUUUAAUAAUUUAAAAACUAUGACAUUCCUUGAAAUACUUACGGAAAACAAAGAAACCACCAGUCUUAUGUAGACUCUCCCAGAAAUAGCAAAAAUGAAACCACUUUUCUACCCAUUUUAUGAGGCCAGUAUAAUCCUCAUUCCAAAGGCCAAUAAGGUGAUACAAGAAUGGAAAAUUACUUAUGAAAAUCUCUUAUGAAUAUAGAUGCAAAAUUAUGAAAGAUAUAUAUACCUCUAUAAUGAAAACAAUGAGGGAGAAGAUAAAUUAAGGGAUUCAUGGAUUCAAAGAUUCAAUAUAUUAAGAUGUCAAUAGAUUGAAUGUAAGUGCAGUAAAAGUUAUGUGGUUUUUUGCAGAAAUUAAUCAGCUGAUUGUAAAAUGUAUAUGAAAAUGCAAGAGUCCAAGAAUAGCCAAAGCCAUCUUGCAGAUGAUGAACACUCGCAGAUAUCAAGAUGUAUUAUAAAGGUGUUGUAACUAAGUGUGAGAUUGGCACAAGGGUGGAUAAAUUGACAAGCAGAAAAGAUCAGAAGCAGACCCACACAUAUUUGGUAACCUGUGACCUAAUUUAUGUCAAAGGUGACAUAUUUGAAGUGCGUAGGGAAAAGACCUUUUUGAAAAAUGAUGCUGGGUCAUUUUAGCAUCCACAUGGAUAAAAUGAACCUUGACUCCUUCCUUUACUAUUCACAAAAAUCAAUUCCAUAUGAAUUGUAGAUCCAAAACUAAAAGGCAAAAUGAAGAUUCCAGAAAAAGACAGGGAAAUGUCUUUAUAUCUAUGUGAUAAGCAAAGAUUUCUUCAGAUGGAAACAAGAUGCUAAUCAUAAAGGAAAAGCAUUGAUAAGUUGGAGAUGAUUAAAAUUAAUCUUUUCCUCAAAAAAUACGAUUAAGAGAGUGAAAGGAUAAGCCACAAAGUGGGAGAAGACAUUUAAUCUCUAUAUAUAAUCAGACAAAGGAUUCUUAUCCAGAACACAUGAAGAUUUUCUACAGUGAAAAGCGAGGCAACUCAGUAGAAAAACAGACAAAAGAAUUGAACAGACACUUCAUAAAUGAACCUAUCCAAAUGGCCAGGAAACAUAUAAAAGGUGCUUAACGUCGUUAGUUAUCAGGCAAACGUAAAUUGAAAUCAAGAUACUACACAUAGCCAGAAUGGCUAAAAUGGAAAAGUCAGUAUCAAGUGUUGUCAAGGUUAUGGGAAAAAAAUUCUCAUGUACUACUGAUGAAUGGGACUAUAAAUUGGUAUAACCAAUUUGGAAAACUGUUUGGCAGUAUCUAUUAAAGCUGACCCUAUGCGUCCCCUAUGACCCUUCCCCCAGUUUGACUCAAGUAUAUAAGCAACAGAUGCAUGCAUAUGUUCAAUUAAGGACAUGCCAAAGGAUAUUAAUGGCAGCACUACUUAUAUCAUUACAAAAAUGGAAACAGUAUAUACCCAUCAAUAUCUGAGUUGAUCAGUAAGUCGUGACUCUACAAUGGAAUUCUAAACAGAAAUGAAAUGAAAAACUAAUGUUACAUGUGAUAACAUGGGUAAAGUUCACAACAUCAAACAAAAGAAACAAGACACAAGCACAGGUAUAUAUAUAAUGUAUGAUUUCAUCUAUGUGAAGUUCAAAGACGGGAAACACUGUCUAUGGUGUUAGCUGUCAGGAGGCUGGGGGUGUAAUGACUAGAAGGGGCUCUAAGUGGGCUCCUGGGAUGAUGUUAAUGUUCUGUUGUUUUAGUCUGAACAUGAAUUUGUUCACUUUGUAAAAUUCAUCGAGCUGUAAACUUUUGCCUUGUGUAAUGUUCUGCAUGUUUACUAAAAAAGAAAAAAAGUAUGACAUGACAAUUUUAUCCAUAAUUACAAUUAAAGAAACAGAGGCCAAUUACUGUAAAGUAUUUUAAAUGUGCAAAGA